AUGACAUUCAAGGAGCUCUAUUCGACUGGUAAUCUGUUUUCGUACCGAAUCUCCUGCAGUGUGGUAGUCGGACUGUUCACCAGGACCUCGUCACCUUCUAGGAACAGUCCGGGGUGCAGACCAUCCGAGCCGGGAUUGAUAUCUUAUGCCGGAUUUCGGUUGCAUUCGGGCCCGCUUAGUACAAACCGUGUACUACUAGCACACUGGUCUAGAUGUUACAGUUUCGAUUACCGGAAAACGGGACAGUGUGGGACAUAUAGCCAAGCCUUGAAGGUAAUAGCACAUCUGGUCAUUUCGGGAACUGGGUAG